AUGUCGCAUGCUCGAAGCUUCGCCGUCUUGCUGCUGCCAGCGGCGCUCUUGGCAGCCGUGGCUUUCGUUGCCCCUCGAGCGCCGGCCGUCGCCAAAUCUCCGAGAGUGGUGACCAGAGCUGGAGAGGAGAGGAAAGAUUUUUUCGACGACUCCGUGCCAGAGUGGCGCUCGGGUAUUGCUGGCCGCAAGGGGGCAAUUGGCUUCCUCGGUUUCCUGACGUUGGUGAUCGCUUAUCUUUUCACGAAGGAUCCGGAAGUGCGGCAGAUCAAAAUCUGCGUUCGCAGCAAGCAGUUCGAGAAAGACUUCUUCAACGAUCCUGCCAAAGCCGAAUGGGCGAAGCAGAAAGGCUACAAGGCACUGCAGGACCCCGACUGCAAGGAGUGGCCGGAAGUGUGGGAAAAGAUCAAGCCUUUCUGA